CUUUUCUGAGUGAGGUUAAGGCCUCGGUCAUUAGUUGUCACUUCUCCUCUAGUUAGUCUCCGAGCCCACCGGGCCGAGUAGUGCCGGUGGCCGACACUAGAGGCUCCUCCGCUGCCUGGCGCGCGCCUUGUUCCGUUAGCUAGAGGGUAGCCCAAUGCUUUCCGCUGUAGCCGGUUGUUACGGGGAUGGUUCUCCCAUGAGGCGGGAGAGCGGGACUGCGUUUUCUGACUAAACACCAAGCGAAGUGCCGUGGUCAUGGCCGGGGUUUUCGACAUCGAUUUGGAUCAAGCGGACGAGAAUGUGUCUGACGACGACCUCGAGGACGUGGGCCAGCUCAGUGAGUGCAUGGACCAGUGCAGUGGCUUUGACUUUAACAUGGAUGACUGUGAGAAGUUUGAAAUUUCAGAGAACAGCGUUAACAAGGGAACAGAGCCGAUCAGGCCUGAAUGCUUUGAGCUGCUCAAAGUUUUGGGGAAAGGUGGCUAUGGAAAGGUGUUCCAGGUUCGGAAGGUAUCGGGUUCCACCUCCGGGAAGAUAUUCGCCAUGAAAGUUUUGAAGAAGGCCAUGAUUGUGCGUAAUGCAAAGGACACAGCUCACACCAAAGCAGAGAGGAACAUUCUGGAGGAGGUGAAGCACCCUUUCAUUGUGGACCUCAUCUAUGCCUUCCAGACUGGGGGAAAGUUGUACCUCAUCCUGGAGUAUCUGAGCGGUGGCGAGCUGUUUAUGCAACUGGAAAGAGAGGGCAUCUUCAUGGAGGACACAGCCUGUUUCUACCUGGCCGAGAUUUCGAUGGCGCUGGGUCACCUGCACCAGAAAGGCAUCAUCUACAGGGACCUGAAGCCUGAGAACAUCAUGCUCAACGACAACGGACACGUGAAGCUGACCGACUUCGGUCUUUGCAAAGAGUCCAUCCACGAUGGAACGGUCACCCACACUUUCUGUGGCACUAUAGAAUACAUGGCUCCGGAGAUCCUGAUGAGGAGUGGACACAACCGAGCAGUGGACUGGUGGAGUUUGGGAGCGCUUAUGUAUGACAUGCUGACAGGAGCACCCCCGUUUACCGGAGAAAACCGAAAAAAGACGAUUGACAAAAUCUUGAAAUGCAAACUCAGCCUUCCGCCUUACCUCACGCAAGAUGCCAGGGACCUCCUGAAAAAGCUGCUGAAACGAAAUGCUUCGUUGCGUCUCGGGGCCGCACCAGGAGAUGCUGCCGAGAUCCAGGCCCACCCAUUCUUCCGUCAUAUAAAUUGGGAUGACCUCCUGGCUCGCAAAGUAGAGCCUCCAUUCAAACCAUACCUGCAAUCGGCUGAUGACGUCAGCCAGUUUGACUCCAAGUUCACCAGCCAGACUCCAGUGGACAGCCCUGACGACUCCACGCUCAGCGAGAGUGCCAAUCAAGCUUUCCUGGGUUUCACAUAUGUAGCCCCAUCUGUGCUGGAAAACGUCAAAGAGAAGUUCCCGUUCGAGCCAAAGGUUCGCUCACCACGGAAGUUCCCAGGAAGCCCCAGAACACCUGUGAGUCCGGUGAAGUUUGUAGGAGGGGACUGCUGGCCCCGGGGACCCAUGGCCACUGGCCGCACUGUGGAGCAAUCUAUGGAGGAGUCGUCGGUGGAGCAAAUGGACAUAAGCGGCAGUGGUUCUGAGGCCUCUGCGCCGCUCCCCAUCAGGCACCCUUCAGGCAUCAAUGCGGGACCCUACAAAAAGCAGACCUACCCCAUGAACUCCAAGCGGCCAGAGCAUCUACGGAUGAACCUAUGACGCUCGGCUCGCCCUACGAACAUUAGGACUCUUCUAAUUCCUCGUCUUCUUCCUUUCUGUUUUUUUUGCUUUCAAAGAGACUUGUAGAAUUAUUUUUUGAAUUGACUGACACUGUCAGUGCCGAUCACCAGCUCUUCCAGCAGCGCCUUCCCGUCCCUCCUGACUCAGCUUGGCCACCUCGGGCUGAAGCGGAUAAUCAGCAGACAAGAGACUCGGGGGAAGUUGUGUGAGAGAGAUGAAAGUUGACUUGCUUGUUGUUUGGUGUACUCUACUGGCUUUAUGAUAUGAUUUAAUGGUGCUCUUUUAUCCUCAAGUCUGGUGAAUGUUAAUUAUAAUGUUAGUGGCUCAUUGCCUACGUCAGUGAGAGAAUUUGGUUACGGGGCUUUUAUUUCACCCUCAACAUGGCCUUUUCUUUGUUGAGCAAUCAUCCUGUGAGAACUUGCAGGUUGCACGAGGUAGAUUUACUGGACAACAAUUCCACGAUGAACACAGUGUUCCUUCAUGUUUGAGGAAAACAAUCAAAUUGCCUUUGUCAAUGGAGCGUGUGGUCGGGAGUCGGGGGAGCGCGAGUUACGGAAAAGCAGCUAUAAAAAGACAGAAGUGAAACUUCAGCUGAAAGCAUCACUUCCACCACAAUUGAUACAAUUGGCUGACACUGCGUUACUUUGUCUGACUGGAGUGCGUUCUGCCAGAAGCCAUGUCCAGUUUCUUUCUGUUGAAUGUAAACUGACGAUGCCUUUUUUCUUUUCUUUUCCGUAAAUCUCCUGCGCUACUUAGCUCUACUGACCCCUGUAGCAUUCACAUUUUAGCUUGUCUAUUCCUGCAGUCUCAUUGCCCCAAAGGACACAGCCACACUGAUGCCACUGCACUGCGUUGGUCAGUCGGUGUUCAUGUCUUCCUGUAUGCUUUUCGUGCAUUCACAGCAGCCUGGCUCUGGUGGUCGGGGUGAAGCCCGGUUUGGGCUGAGCUGUAGGACUUGUUGCUGUGAAGCUGCUCUUUGAGCCUCCGGAGUGAAGCCAUGCAAAGCUGCUCACGCUGAAGCUGACCACGCUGUCGGAUGCAGAGUCCCUCAAUGAUAACUGAAAAUGUAGCGGGUGAAAGUGAGCUUCAGAGUUUCUCGUUAUCCAAACACUUUAGAGUUGAAGGAAUUGACCAAACAUCGGUCGCCGAAGUGUGUCGCUGGGUUGGACCGCAAGGUUCAAAGGUCAAACACGUUUUAGGUCAUACUGUCAUAUUUACUCAAACUGACUGUUACCCACAAUGAUGCCCACAGAGACCGUUAAUUCGUCCUGGUGUGUCGCUCCGUGUCCGUCUGAGCCAACUGGUUUUCUACUUCUACCGUUCCGGGAUAACAAUUGAGUUUAAGACCAGACGCUCCACUUUAUACUCCGUUUUGUUAAUUUGUUCCAAUAUUUAUUUCAAGUGCCAAUGUGUUUCCACUGUGUUGUUCACACUAUGCAAACUAUGUAUUUAUUAUGUAGUAUUAUUUAGGUCAGGCAGCAGAGUGGGUUAUUUGAUUUGGUAUUGUCAAUUGAGAUUUAUUUUGCCAUAACAAUGAUAAUAAGCAUGUAGUCUAAUUUUUAUUUCAACAGAACAUGUCUUAGGCAUUCUUGGAUGCAACUUUUUUUAAAUCCCAAACAUUAAGGACGAUUACCUAAAUGACUUCCAGUAUUUAUUAUCUCACUUGGUAUCAUAUUGAAGGGGGACUGUCAGAAAACAUUUUAAUAUCUUAGACUUGAACCUCAGUUUGUAUUUUGCAGUGCUUAAAGAAAGGGCAGUGAUGUUGUGGGGUGACUGGUGCUAAAACCAACGGUGUUCAUUUCUUUGCUGUGCGGUCGGUCAGUUAGAGGUCAAUACUUUUCGCCUGUUCAGGUGCAGUGAAGUCUCCUCUGCACUGAGUUGUUGGAGAACCAUCUUAACAAGUUUACUUCAGGUGAGAAGCACCACCUGACUCGAGUGUGUUGAAUAACAGUAUUCCUGUUGCUGUUACCCCUGGAUCUGCCCUUUCAGUUGGGGAAUGUUAAUAUGCAUCAUGUAUAUGAUGGUCAAAAUAAAAGUCUCAAAGUAG